ACAACCAAAAAACAGGGUUUAACUACCAUUUGUAACUCCUCCUGGGUUUUUGACUUCAACAAUCAAACCAUGCUACUCUCACCUUCGCCGGCGCCGCCGUCAAUCACCACCCAACAACCGCAUAUCCUCACACUCCGGCCAACUUUUUUCCACACCACCAUCAAACCCACCUCCAGAAUCCUCUCCCAAACUCAACAAUGGAAACCAUUACCAAAACCCCAUCACAAGUUACUCUCUUUUCUUGAUGGGUUUUCCGGCACCGGCGGUGGCACCACCGGUAACGGCGGCGGCGGGUCAAAUAACUGGUGGGGUCGAUGGUUUGGUGAACACAAUGAUGAUAACAAUCCAAAUUCACACACAAAAGGUGUAUUAGUAUGUGUACUCCUUUCUUUACUAAUUCAGUUAUAUUUUCAAGAUUAUGCAAUUGCAGAGAAUAAUGGAAAUGAUAUUGAAAAUGGGAAUUGGGUUUGGGAAUUGAAAGGAGGAAAAAGAAGGAAACUUGUAAGUGAUGAUGUGAGUGAUGUGUUUGUUGUUGAAAAGGCGUCGGUUUUGAAAUCGUUUGAGACGAUGUCGUUUGGAGACGUGGUUCCCAAAAUGUGGUGUGAAUGUAAGGAGAUGUUUAUGAGGUUGAUGCUUCCUGAAGGGUAUCCGGAUAGUGUAACUAGUGAUUAUAUGGAGUAUUCUUUAUGGAGAGGUGUUCAAGGGAUUGCUGCUCAAGUUAGUAGUGUUCUUGCUACACAAUCGUUGCUAUAUGCUGUUGGAUUGGGAAAAGGGGCGAUUCCUACUGCUGCGGCUGUGAAUUGGGUGCUCAAGGAUGGAAUUGGGUAUCUAAGUAAAAUAUUUUUGUCAAAAUUUGGGCGGCAUUUUGAUGUGAAUCCAAAAGGAUGGAGAUUAUUUGCUGAUUUCUUGGAAAAUGCUGCUUUUGGUAUGGAAAUUUUGACUCCUGCUUUUCCACAUCUUUUUGUCCCAAUUGGUGCUGUUGCUGGAGCAGGGCGAUCUGCAGCUACACUUAUUCAGGCUGCUACCAGAAGCUGUUUUUUUGCCGGCUUUGCUGCUCAAAGGAACUUUGCUGAGGUCAUAGCAAAGGGUGAAGCUCAGGGAAUGGUGAGCAAAUCUGUUGGUAUAAUGCUUGGCAUAGCAUUAGCUAAUUGCAUACAAGCUUCUACACCUCUGGCUCUUGCUUCUUUUGGUGUUGUCACUUGGAUCCACAUGUUUUGCAAUCUCAAAUCGUAUCAAUCCAUUCAAUUAAGGACUUUGAAUCCUUAUCGUGCAAGCUUGGUAUUUGGUGAAUAUCUGCUAAGCGGUCUUAUUCCUACGGUGAAAGAGGUCAAUGAUGAAGAACCCUUCUUCCCUGCUCUACCACUCCUCAGUCUGAAGCCAGCAAACAAAGCAGAGCAUAGAGUACUCUCGCCUGAAGCUAAACAAGCUGCUGCUACCAUUGAGCAAAGAUUAGAGCUGGGAUCAAAGCUCUCCGACGUUAUCAAAACUAAAACAGAUGCACAUGCAUUACUCGACUUGUACAAAAACCAAGGCUACAUUUUAACUCAGCACAAUGGAAAAUUUUGCGUGAUACUGAAAGAUGUAUGUUCACCACAAGAUAUGCUAAAGUCGAUGUUUCAUGUAAAUUACCUCUACUGGUUGGAGGAAAAUGUUGGGCUAAAAUCUGUAAGCAUAUUUGAUGAUUGUGGACCCGGGGGAAUGCUGCAAAUAUCGUUAGAGUAUGUAGAAAGGGAAUUCAACCAUGCUAAACAUGACGGGGAGGUUGCAGGUUGGGUGACUGAUAGUCUUGUAGCUAGACCUUUACCUCAUAGAAUUCGUCCAGAUUACUGAUCAAAUGUGUCCAUAGUUUAUAGAGAAGUUAAUUGUUGCUUUGCCUAUGCUGCAAAAUAGGUUGAGGAUUUUGGAAAAUGCGGUUUACAGGAAUAGACAAAUAGUGGAAUUUUGAACAGUUAACUACUGAUCAAUAAAUGUACAUACACAACUGCAAAUGAUCGUGGUUGUUUUGACAGGUGUGUGAUAAUCAAAUUGGACUAAAAUAGUUCUUUUGGAGCUUUUUGUUAAUGUUAUUAUCGGUUUAUACGACCUUGGUGCUAGAUAUGGCAAGAUAGACAAUUGAUUAACGUGUUAGAAGGCUUGGGAUGGGAGGCUUGAAACAGUUGCCAUAUCGGUAUAUGUAAUGUGAUGAUGGUUUUAUGCAUAAUACAUUUUCUGUUAAUAUGUACUCCAUUAAUUUAUAAGCAAAUUGUAGCCA